AUGCCGCACCCGUACGCCAUCGUAGCGCUACUAUCUACAGCCUCGGCGCUGCUGCCGCGCCUCGCGCCGCGACAGCAACGACGGGCACCCGUCCGCUUGGUUCUUGCAGGCCGGCAGCGCUGGAGCGACCGCCGGACGAACCAAGCGAUCGUCAGCAAGUGGCGCCGAUCGCCGGAGCCCGAGAUUGUGUAUGAGGUCGACCGCAAGUGCGUCGCGAAGCAUUUACCGCGCGGCGCCGACGCGGCGUACCUCCGCGACGUGCUCAGCGACGCGUUCGGGCCCCUGGCGUCGGUCGAGGUCGCGCCCGGCGACGUCGCCUACGUCGUCUUCGAGCGCAGCGAGGACGCCGCCGCGGCCACAAAAACAAGCGUGCGCGUGCGGAGCGGCGCCGGCGAGCGGACGCUCGACUGCGAGCCCUACGUCCAGAGGCGCGACGCGCCGCGGGGCGCGUCGACGCACCUGGUCGUGGGCAACGUGCCCUACGCCUGCGGCGACGAUUUAUUAAGGCGCGUCUUCGCCGACGCGGGCUGUCCCCCGCUGCAGCUGCGGCGGCCGAAGGACGGCGUCGCGUUUUUGGACUUCAAGGACCGCGCGACGGCGGCGCGCGCCGCGCGGCUCCACGGCACGCGCGUGCUGGGGCGGGCGCUCCGCGUCGACUGGGACGUCGUCCCGGAGGCGCCGCGGCCGCGGGACCGCCCCCCGAAGAACGCGACGUCGCUCGCGUCGCACCGGCGGCCCCGGGCGCCGAAGCGCGCGGCGCCGAAGGCGGCCGACCCGCCUUCGGUGAAGAAGCGCCCCGCCGCGACGCGCCGCGCCGCGUCGGCCGAGGCGCGCGUCGGCGCCGCGCUGGCGCACGCCGAGACCGCCCGGGACCUCGCCGAGACGUCCGGGGAGACGGCGGCGCGCGCCGCGGCGGCGGCGGCCGCCGCAGCCUGGCAGGAGGCCGACGCGCUGCGCACCGAGAACCGGCGGCUGCGGAGCCGGCUGCCGCGGCGGGCCACGUGGCAGCCGGCGCCCUUCGAGGUCGUGCUCGGGCCGGGCGCGCGGCCGCGCGACGUCGUGCGCGCGCGCGUCGACAACGAGCGCGACGUCGAGAUCGUCGUGCCCGACGGCGCCGGCGCGGGCUGCGUCCUGCGCGUGCGCGGCGCGCUGCGGUGCGAGGUGCCGCGCGGGUCCUACGUCGGCGCGCCCGUCGCCGUGCCGCUGCCGGAGGCGGACUCGCAGCUGCGGGUCGUCGUGGCCGUGCCGCCGGGCCGCGGCCCCGGCGACGCGCUCUACGUCGCCUGGCCGGUCGACGUCGUGAGCGUGCCCGGGGACCGGUCGCUCCUGCCGCCGCCGGCCGUGGCGCUGCCGCCGCCCCUCUCGGACGACCCGCCGCGCCUCGCGCCGCCGGCGGCGCACCAGGCGCUCGUGGCCGCGACGCCGGACCCGCUGUUGGACGAGGCGGCCGCGCUCCGCGACGAGAACGCGGACCUGAGGAGACAGCUCCUCGCGAUGCGCCGCUUGCUGCGGACGACGUCGGAGCUGUUCUUGGCGUCGCAGGCGUCUGGAACGGACAUGCCGCUGGCGCUCGGGGAGGGGGACGAGACGUGGGACGAGCCGGAGGAGGACUCGGCCUAA